AUGGAUGAUCAAAACGAUGACGAUUCCCUUUUACAAGUGCUUCUGAAAAGCUUUAAUUUAGAGGAGGCAUAUCAAUACCUAAAAGCUGCUAAGGUAACGUACAAAAGCUUGCAAUAUAUUCAAAAAGAAGAAAUAAAAGAAGCCAUACCACCUCUUGGCCUCCGAAUUGAAUUUCGGGAGAAGCUCUUUAAAUGGAAAAAACAGCAGUUCGAAAUUGAUGACGAAACGAUUUCAGUCGAUUCGAAGGUCGACAAUUGGAUGUCUGAUGAAAGUUUCAGUGGCAAAAGAGUUUUAAAUAAGUGUUUGAUAGAUAUUUUAAAAGAAACGGCAGGCGGAAGGGCGAUAUUAGAAUACAGAACGAAAAAGCUAACUAUCGAUCAAAGGGAUUUCCUUAUAAAAAUAAUAGUUGGAGAAGUUAUGUGCAGCCAGAUUAUAAUAAGAGUUCCAGAUUUUCCGUUAUUGGUUAUGGGCCCAGACCCCAAACCUAAGAGAAAAUAA